AUAGUACAAUAGUAAAAGUACCUGAAUGGAUGACCGGUUAUGGUGGUUUGCCAACAAGAUUCAGGAUGUCUACCAGAUUGGUACCUACGACAGUCCCACUCUUCUGGAGGACUUUAUCAGUGCUGACCCUACCGUAGAGGCUAUCAAUGGCUUCUUAAAUGCAGGUGGUACGAACCGACUGUUUGUCCACAGUUCCGUUGUAGACAAAGUGACCCUGUCAAACAGAACCCUCUCAAUCUACACUACACUUCCUGAGAGGCUGAAGUUAGAGGGUCACAUUCUCCUUUACUUCUUUAGACUUUGUAAUGAUGUCAAGUUAGAAGUGGAGACUAUCCCCAACAAUGUGUUUGCUGGGACGGUUAAAGAUUCUGCUAUUCAGUCUUUUACCACAUUUCUCUCUGAAGUUGUAGCCCCUGUGUUAAAGUCUAAGAGAGACUGGGGUCAGUGCUCCAGCGAACAGGUACAGCAGCUGCUAUCCUGUGUGGACAAGUGUGUGUACAGUAUGGUAGACUCCCCCACCCCCACUGGUAAAGUAGUGCUAGAAACAGCCCCUGAGUGCGAGGACACUAUAUCCCGCAGACUUGAGAACACUGCUCCUGCUUAUCUAGCAGAGUGUGAGAGACUCAUUCAGAGCUGGAGCUCAACCAUUGAAACUGUACUGUCUGAUGCUUUCGAGGACAGCCGAGCUCACAUGUUGGAGAGCUGCACUGGACCAAUAGUGGAAAUACACCGCUGGAAGAGAAGAAACCUUCUCCUAACCUCCAUCAUAGAGCAACUGAAAACAAAAGAGAGUAAAGCAGUUAUCACGACUCUGAUAGCAAACAAGAGCAAAUACCUCAAGAAGUGGAGGUCAGUGGAUAUCAUCAUCACAGAUACAGCUAACGAAGCUAAAGAUAAGUACAAGUACCUAGAGGGACUAAAGAGACACAUUGAGCCGCUGUGUGAGGAGAACAGGAUAUCAGAAGUAAUGAACACCUGCCUUCACCAUCUCAUGAUGGGUUUUAAACAAGCUGAAGCAGCGUCACGUCACUACGCACGGUCAGGUUUCCUAGGAGUAAUAAUGAGCAAGGUAUCUAACCAGCUGGUGACCCUGUGUAAAGCUAACUUGUUUGUGAGACAAGGUUACGAGGCUGGAGAGGUGUGGGGGCAGGUUGAGAAGCCUGCAGAGAGGGAGUCUCUUAAACACCUCCACAACGCGCUCGUGGAGUGCCUCGCUCUUCACAAGUUCUAUAAGGAGUGUUUAAAGAAUCUGAGAGACAUGUUAGGAGCCUCCAACAAGAACACGAUGUGCGGCUCCAGACGGGGAGCCUCCUCAGUUGCCAGAUCAGACUGCACUGACAGCAGGGAUAGCAACAUCAACGAGAAAAGACUACGUCCGGUCAGAUCACCAAAUCACCCAUUCCAUCAAAAUAAACUUGAUCGCUGGAAGAUUGUAAAAGAGAACGUCCAGAUUCUUUCUCCUGCAGGUGAUAGGAAGACUGGAGCUAGCCAGAGCUCCUUGUUUCAACUGAACACUCAAAACUUUGGUAUACCCAUCACGGAUGAUCAGGCUAUUUUGGGAAGUCUCGAUAAACUGAUCGAAAGGAGCCGUGAGCUUAUUGAGGUUAUAACGACGCUAAGUCAGCUGGAAGAUCUGGCUAAAAGUGUCUCAGAUAUUGGUAAAUGCGGGGUCUCGCCCCUCAUCACCAGACAUCACCUCUGUUCUUCUAAUACUGUAGAGGAGAUAUCAAUGCCUCCCUCGGAUAGCAACAUGGACUGUCUUGUUGAGGAAGAUGAAGCUUCCCAGCCGGCAUCCAGUUCAGAAGGCUCCACGAGAGAGAUAACACCCUCUUUAGAGUCCGAUAGUGAUGGAAUGAGAUCUAUAAAUACUCUCGAUAUUGGACCCUCUACUGACAAGACAGUUGAAGAAGAUGUACACAUUGCGACGUUCAUCAGAAGAGUUCUGAAUCAAACAUACCAGAGUUUGAUAGCAGACUGCAGUUCCUUGGAGGUGAUGUUGUCUUCAGAAGGAAAACACAAGGACAAGUUCCCGGAGACGUACCAGAAGUUUGUUCACUCUAUGAGUCGGCUGGAGAUAGCCUUGUGUGCUUAUAUUAAGUCUACCAUUACGGAGAAGACUUCUAUUAAAAACGGUCUCGCAGUCAUCCAGAGGUUCAGCGCUUUGAAAGUGUCAAAAGACAAAGGGAACCUGCGGCAAACACUCCAAGAUCUCCAAGCAGAUCUUUUCUUGAACUUUGAGGAUGAUUUAGAUCGUAUAAAGGAGAUGUACGAGGAAAGCAAGGAGACUCCUCCUAUUACCCACAACGCUCCAACUGUAGCUAGUGCACUGCUCUGGAUCAGACAACUCAUUCACCAGAUUGAGGAUCCGAUGAAGAUAUUCAGAGAGAACAAGAUUCUCAUGAGCAACCGUGACUCGGGUCGGAUAAUAAAGCUGUACAACAGACUAGCCACCACGUUCUACAAGUUCGAGACACUGUGGCUCUCCAACUGGGUCACCACAGUGGAGCCUAUACGCUCUGCGCUACGAGCUACCCUUCUUGUGCGGGAUCCGGAGGGGGUACUGCACGUUAACAUGGACCAGAAGAUACUGGAGCUGAUUCAGGAGACCAAGUGGCUGUUGAGACUGAGCUGUAAUGUUCCUGAGGGGGCUAAAGAAGUGCUCAAACAGGAGCAACGUAUCAAAACGUACGUACAACGUUUAAACCAGAACGUGAAAGACAUGGGACGGGUGAUCUGCUCGAUCUCCCCAGCAGUGAAACCAGUCCUCUCCUCUCAGCUGCACCACCUUCAACUCACAAUCCAACCAGGACUAGUCACCUUGACCUGGAAUAACGUUAACAUUGACGCGUUCCUCCACAAGAUGACUAUUGCAACCCAGGAGCUGUCCCACACUAACAAGCUGGUGCAGGACAUACUGGAGACACAAGUGGAGGUUCACCUGAGUGACAUCCCGGCCCUGCUGUUCUACGAGAGCGUGAAUAGUAACAGUAGAAGUUGUGAGGACUUUGUUAAGGUUCAGAGCGAGGUGGUCGGAGAGAGGUUCGGGGAGCUCACCCAUAUGAUCACACAGGUACAAGCAGGUCUGUUUAACGGGGUCAUGUCCGCUAUAAACGCAGCAGAUCGGAGUGGGUACGUCAAGAAGACUCCUGACGAGGCACUUGUUGCUUCUGUUUUAGCAGAGUUCCACAUGCGAAUAAACAAGGCGUACAUGAGUAUAAUAAGGAGAUCAGUGAGUAACCUGGCCCGAUCCCUGACAGAAGGAACUCCUCUCUUCAAAUCUAGAAUAGAGCUUUGUGUUCCGGAGAUUGUACUCACUCCCUCCCUCGCUUCAAUGCAGGAGUCGCUGGACAGUACACUGUCAAUAAUAACGGAGAGUAUCGAGCGAGCAACAUGGCUGACCCCUGGAGAUAGAGACAUGAUGCGAGGCUGGACCUCGGAGGAUGAGGAGCUCCAGUCUGACAUCAAGCUGAUAAAACAAGCUGCUCUACAGGCGGAGGAGGACAUCACUCACUUCUUCUCCGUCUUCAUGGAGUUCAAGAGGUUCUGGAGGGAUGACCUUCACGGAGAGUACAAGGAGUUCAUGGAGGGGAACAGCUGUCUUAUCCAGUGUGCUAACAAGGUUCAAGCUCUAUUGGAAGAGGAGCACAAGGUGCUAUCUAUAGACAGUGCGAAGAAGAUGAAGGUUACCGUGCUCGACACAACACCUGUUAAGAACUCUAUCCACGCCAUGAUACGAACUUGGAAAUACAAAUACGCUUCCCAGCUCCACUACAAUGCUAAGAGAGACCUGGAUGAUAUCAUAAAGUAUAGAGACCACAUAAGAGAGCGACUGACGGUAUCAGUAGAGUGUCUCAGCAGUCUCAGCGAAACUCUGGACUUGCUGGCUGAGUUAGGAGACCUCGAGAACACUAUUGAUGAUACCUACCUUCCUGUCGAGAUCACCUACCAACAGCUCACCGACUUCGAGGUCCAACUGCCUCGUAACGAGGUAGAGUUAGUGGCGACACUCCGCGACGAGUGGAAGAUGCUGAUGGAUCUGGCAGACAGUGUCAGACAAACCCUGAUGAUCGAGCAGAAGCUGCAGUUCGAGCAGGAGCUAGAGAAGCAGGUGCAGUCGUUCAUUGUGGAGGUCAUUCAACUUAGAACCAGCUUUGAAUCCCAAGGUCCUGGUGUCAGCAAUAUCUCUCCAGAUGAGGCCAUGAACAGGCUAGUAAAAUUCUGGAAAUCAUACAACACAUUCGACAGUAAGCAGCACACUUUACAAGCCGUCCAGAAGAUGUACGGACUACCACUGACAGCUUACCCUGAUCUCGAAAAGACAGGGGAGGAAUUGAGCUUGCUUCAAACUUUGUAUGAUCUUUAUCAGAAAUUCAUAGAGUUUGAUGAGACAUUCAAAGAUACGCUUUGGCAGGAUGUUAAUCUGGAGCAAUCUAAAACCGAAAUGAACGUCCUUCACAUGGAUUGCAGGAACCUGCCAGAACGUGUGAAGGAGUGGGGAGCUUACCACACUCUAUUUACAAGCUUGGAGGCUUAUCUUGAUCUGUUCCCGGUCCUUCAACAGCUCAACUCUAAACAAAUCAGGAGCCGACACUGGCUGCAGGUCAUGCAAGUAACUGGAUCCAACUUCCAACUCGAGGCAUCUCAAAUGAAACUAUGUCAUCUGCUGGACUGUGAUCUCAUCAAGUACAAGUCAGAGAUAAGUGACAUAGUAAGUUGUGCUAGCAAGGAGCUCGAUCUCGAGCAGAAGUUGAGGAGCACUGAGGAGGAGUGGGCAGAACAGAGCUUGCACUUUUCGCAGUUCAAAAACAGGGGCUACCUUAUGCUUGAUGCUAGGUACACAGUGAAUCUACUGGAAAUGCUGGAAGACAGCCAAGCUUCCCUUGCCUCCAUGCUAACCUCUAAAUACAUAGGGCCUCUAAAGGACGAGGCCGCAUCCUGGGCCGCUAAGUUGCUCAGCGUGUCAGAGGUCAUUGAGCAGUGGCUGACUGUUCAGAACCAUUGGGUUCAUCUCGAGUCAGUGUUUUCUCUGCCUACUACCAAGAAGGAUUUGCCGCAGGAGGCAAAACGGUUCGCCUCGAUCGACAAAACUUGGACCAAGCUGAUGAAAAAGACCCAUGAAAUCAAAAAUGUCAUCCAAUGUUGUCACGGUGGAGAGCCCCCUAAAACGGGAACUCUAACUCACCUCUCUGAGCAACUAGAGUUCUGUCAGCGCAGCUUGACAGAGUAUCUGGACGAGAAGAGGAAGCUAUUCCCCCGCUUCUACUACGUGUCGGACACUGUGCUGCUCGCUAUUCUUAGUAGUCAUAACAACGUGGAGGAAGUCAGCAAACACUUCAGAGCGAUAUUCCAGAACAUUGACUCUGUUCUGCUGGCUCCCUCGGAAGAUACAAUUGACGGAGGAGAAUCCAGCGCCCUCAACGUUAUCAGUGAAGUGUCAGUGGAACGAACAGGAGCUGAACGGGACCCUCUGCAGUCUAGUCAGGACGAUUUCACCAGCUUUAGCGAGAGCCCCCUUUGGUCGGGAGGCCCCACCAUCACAGCUAUCGGAGCCAAGAGUGCUGAGGGUGAGGUGAUCGACUUUAACAGGGAGGUUACGAUGAAAGAGAAUGUGGAGACUUGGCUUGAGAAUCUUCUGGAAGUUACCAAGGAUACCAUAUCUGAUAAAGUCUAUGAGGUUGAUAGGGACAUCAAAAAUGGCUGCACUGUGGAAGAAUUUACAUUAACGUUCCCGUGCCAAGUUGCUGUGCUGGGUUUCUACCUACAAUGGACUAGAGACUGUGAGCUCGCCAUAUCAGAGAACAAACUCGACCGAAAAGCUCUCCACAAUCUGGGCCGGAAGUACUCUAACAUAGUGGCCCGACUUCCGACUGUCUUGAAUAAGCACCAGUCCAAAUUAAAGCGAGCAGUAAAUGCUGUCAUAUUCAUGGGUCAGAUGUGCCCACAGCAUAACGGCAUAGAACCAACCCAAGGCCGAAAAAGUGUAAUAAGACAAGCUGUUAGAGAAGAUCCUACCCAGUUGGUGAAACUGGAGAAUAUCAUGUCUUUGGCGCUUCACCUUAGGGAAGUAGCUGAGGACUUUCAGAAGAAGAAAGUUAGAGACAUCCUGGACUUUGAGUGGGUCAGAAAUCCCAGGUACUACGUGGAUGAAAGCAGUAUAAAGAUGAUGGUGUCGGAGUACUCCAUGACGUACGGGUGUGAGUAUGUGGGGUGUGAUGUGAACCAGAUAAUCACGCCCAUCAGGGAUAGAUUCACUCUUCUCUUCGUCCACACUAUCCAGCAGUUUAGUGGAGUAUCUCUGGUAGCCGAGUCUGCAGUAACAAAACACGAGAUGGCUAAGAGUUUAGGAGGAAUGUGUGCUCGGUUCCUCCUCACCUUCCACUGCAGUAACGGGACCACCUACAGCUGCAUCAGCAAGAUCCUGACAGGCCUGGCCCAGGAGGGGUCCUGGGGCUGUUUCAGUGAGGUCAGCUGUCUUACUCUCCCAACCCUACAGGUGCUGGCUCAGUGUCUCCACCUAAUCCUGGGUAACUUGCAGCAGAACAACAAGAACUGUACGCUAUUCUCCGGACAAGAGAUUCCUCUGAACCCUAAUUUCGCUGUUUUCGUGACCCAGACAACGGAGAAGUACCAGCUGAACACCCUUCCUCCCACACUCCGAGGACUGUUCAGACUUGUCUCUGUGCCCCAGCCAAACUUCGCAGCUGCUCUCAGGAGUCUUUGUACUGUACUGGGGUUCAAGAGCGGCAAACUUAUCGCUGAUAGACUCAUUAUGGUUCACAAACUUGUGUCCCUGCAGAUGAGACACACUGGAGUAGCGCACAUGUCUCUCAACAACAUCCACCAGUGUCUCCUGAUCAGCGCCAGUAAGAGGAACACUAUAAUGUCCAACAGAUCACACCAAUUUGGCAGGGCUUCUAGCAAUACCACCGGCUCUAACAUCGCUACCCCCGUGAGUGACAAGAGGAAUCGAGCUCCUACCCCAAUAAACCUUACUCCUCAAAUCAGACUAGAGCACGCUCUCGUGAAACAGACUCUCACCGAGUCUUUCGGACUUCGUUUCGUCAAAGAAGACCAGCAAAUGUUCGAGACAAUACUGCGGGAUGUGUUCUCCGGGACUUGCGACAACUUUGCAAUUCCUAAAUCCGACUGUACACCUCCUCCCGACAUAAGAGCACAUUUUGUGCAACAAGCGGAGUUAGCCGGAUACGAGACACACAAUCCCUGGGUCUCCAAAGCAAUGCAACUUUACUACCUCAGUCAGACCUACUCUACUCUCAUUGUGGCAGGUCCGUCAGCAGUGGGGAAGUCGGCCCUGCUGUCCACCCUGAUAAACACCCUGUCAACCCAGACUCCAGCCGCUCACAUCCACAAGAUAGUCAGAGUUAACCCGCUCUCGGUGGACACACUGGACAAGAUAUUCGGCCACAUUAAUACCAAUGGGGAGUGGGUGGACGGGAUCUUUACAGCUGCUUGGAAGAAAGCCAACAACUUCAGGAACACGUCCACUUGGCUAGUUAUGGACUCUCCUCUUCACAGCUCGUGGGCGGACAUGCUCCACUCAGUGAUGCAGCAGAGCAGACAACUGACUCUACCUAAUGGAGACAGGAUGUUCAUGGAGGGAAACUUGCAGCUGGUGUUCGAGACUGAUAGUCUGGCAGGAGUCUCGCCUGCUAUUAUUCUCCCCUCUGGUAUGCUGUACAUGGAGCCGGAAGUGCUGGGUUGGGAGCCUCUUAGCAACACCUGGCUUGCUACUCGUACGCCUCAAGAUGCCCACGUGUUGAGACUGCUGUUCAGCAAGUUAGCUGGACCCCUACUCUCGUAUGUAACGGAGGAAGUGACGCCGAUAGUGAAGGUUUGCAACACUGGUCUGUUCAGGACCUUCAUCAACCUUCUCACCGCCAUGCUAGACAACUUCGCAGAGGUAAAAGCAGAGUCUAACUCGGAGAUACUGAUGGAACGUAUCGUACUGUUCUGCUUGGUCUGGUCACUGGGAGGACUUCUGCCUCCCCGCCAGCAGCAGCCUUUCUCUGAUAUCGUCAAAUCUCUUACUUCCUGCCUGCCGGAGUACACAGAUAACACAGUGUACGACUACUACGUGGACGAGGCCGGAGAGUGGGACAGCUGGUAUAACCUAAUCCCUGAAGCGAUAGUGGAACAGCUUGAUCAUUUUGUGGAGAAUAUAGACACCACACGAACCUACUACUUGAUGCAUCUCGCCAGUAUCACCAACCAGAAUAUUCUGCUCACUGGACCUCCUGCUACCGGCAAAACCAACAUCGUCAACAGGUUCUUGAGAGCUCCAGACAAAGUAAACUUUGUCACCAGAACCCUGGUCUACUGUGAAAACACUAAACCUACUCUCUUCCAAGAGGUAGUAGAACACACAAUAGUUCACCGUCAAGGCAACAACUACGGAGCACCUCAAGGCAAGCGACUCUGUCUGUUUGUGGACGACAUGAACGUCCUGAAGACACACGAAAGUGGAACUCAGAUCACUAACGAGUAUCUGCGUUCACUGCUGGAUAUGGGCGGGAUAUACGACAACGAAAAGGCAGGAAAAUGGAAAAUCAUUAAGGAUAUGACUGUAAUUGGAGCUAUGCGGAAUCCCUCUCAAGGAACAGAAAAGAGCGUAGCAGCGCGACUACUCAGACACUUCAUGGUGUUCAAUGUUCCGACACCAACACCUCAAACUCUCUAUCAGACUAUUGAUUCAAUAUUACAGGCUCUGUUAGGACGAGAAGCAGGCUCCGGACUAGAACAGACUCUCCACAACUCAAUAGUAAAGGCAAGCUGUGACCUGCUGUCCUCGCUACAAGUAGUCCUCCAGCAGAACACAGUGCCGGGGCGCUAUCACUACUGCUUUAACGUGACCACUAUAGUCAAUAUAGCCAAGGGUAUCCAGAGAACAUCAGACUCAAUGAGGAACAGUCCGACAAUGAUGCAGUUACUGUGGCUUCACGAGGCUGAGCGGGUCGUUAGUGACGCUAUCUGUCGCCCUGACGACACUCAAGCUUUAACAAAGUUGCUGGCUGAAAUCACGGUGAAGUACUUCAAAGAACUGAGCAUGUACGAGCACGCCAAACCGUACUUUGUCACAUUUGAUGAGUACCAGGACGUCUCCAGACAACUCCACAGACAAGGUUCCUCAGGGGUAUCGAGCGGAAACCACUCGGCGGGAGUCCUGGUUCAAGUGAAGCCGGUGUCGAACCUACAAGACAUCAGACAAGUGAUGGUCCGGUAUUGUCAGCAGAUGACAGACGAGGCUCAGAAGCAACUCAACUCCCUCCUUCUUAGUGACGUCACUUUAGAGCACAUCUUGAAAAUACAUCGUGUCAUCACUAUGACCAGGGGGAACAUGUUGUGCGUGGGUUCCCAUGGCAAUAACCUGGACCUUCUCGUUAAUCUGGCCUCUUUCAUCUCGGGGAUGGAGCUCUUUACCGUCAAGUCUACCAGACCUCAGCACUUCUUCGAGCAAGCUAGGACUGCGUUCAGAGUGGCUGGCAGUGAGGGACGACAAUGUGUCCUUCUUAUCAACAGUAACAUUGCUCACGAAGAGGAGCUAAUGGAGAAACUGAACAGUGCGCUGCUAUCUGGCGAGAUUCCUUUCUUAUUUACCAACGAUGAGAUGGAGGGACUCCUACAAAGCUUGCAGGUGGUAAUGAGACGGGACGCUCCUGAGCUCCUCUCUGAUCCCAUCCAGUUCUUCUCUCUCAGAGUAAAGAGGAACUUAAGGAUCGUUAUCUGCAUAGAACCUAACUCCCCUUAUCUAAACUCUACUAACGCGAAGUUCAAAGGACUACUAAACCUGUGCCAAGUAAGCUGGCUGAUGGAGUGGCCGAAAGCUGCUCUUUCCAGCACCUGCUCCUAUUACAUGUCUUCUAAACAAACUUCCAACUUGUCCGAAAAAGAAACGGACCUGUUAGUGCAGGUGAUAACGAACAUUCACACGCUGGUUCAAUCCCAGCUAGCUCCCCACCCCUGGGAACUGAUCGCCUCCCCAGUCCCUCAUCAGAAGCAGAAUACCUUGUUGGAGUGCGUCAAGUUGGCAAGACUCCAAUCCAUCCCCAACGAGGGUGUCCUAGUGGGUCCGAAAGUUUACCAGCAAUUCCUCGACUACUUCAUUGCUCUGUACACCAAGAAGAGUUCAGCAGAGGAGCUCAAACUUACCCUUCACAAAGAAGCACUGUUGACAAUACAGUCGAUGGUAGAGAGCUGCAAGAAGAUGAACGAGGCGAUCUUCAGUGGGGAGAAGGUCCUGGCUGAUACUCAAAUACAGGUACAAGAACUGUUGAAGCAGUUGACCAAGAAAAGUGCUGCGUUGGAGAAGAUAAAAGCUCAGUUGGGGUGUGAGAGUAGCUUGCUACCCAGUCUCCAAGCGCUGCAAUCGCAACUAGAGGACCAGCAGGACAUGUACGAGUUCCUAGAAGAUGAUUACGAUCCGAAGAUAACGAAGGAAGAGAGGAGGGAGAGGAGGAGAGUGAAGAUUCUUCAGCAGUACGAGGCAGCCAAAACAGAGGAACAAACUCUUACUGCCGCUCUUCAAAAACAUAAGACCAAGCUGGAAUCACUGCUGGGAUUACUGGACCGGAAUCUUAUUGACAGCAUCAGGGUGAUGCCUUCUCCACCCAAUAUGGUGAACAGUAUCAUGAUGAUAUUCGUCAAGCUCCUCCAGUGUGAGAAGAAACUUCCCGAAGAGUUACCCACUCCAGUGAUAGAAGAAGAGACGCUAACACCAGCAGAAACACCUCGAGAUAGGCGCAAAACAAAAGCAAGGAUUAAAGUACCGCCAGUGAUAAAGCCAGUAGAGGCAGAUAAGAAGGACAAGAAAGAGCGAGACCAAUGGCUGGUAGUCCAGGGGACUCUGCAGGACUCUCAGGGGAUAAGGGACGCUAUAUCAGCGCUGAAGUGGCAGGAGGGUCUGUCUCCUAAAACUGUGGAGACAGUGCAGAAUCUCAUGAAGAAGGCGGCCGAGGCUCACUCGGAACUUCUAGUGGUUGAAGAGGCUCCUCCACCGGUCUCUAUCUUAGAUCGUAGACAAUCAAUAGAUGCAGGAAUGGGGGUUCCAGGAUUAGCUGAUCGAAGUGUAGGAAAACUAGACGAAGCAGCAGUGACCCACGCGUCUGAGAAAGUAGGUUUUAUCUACAAGUACAUGUUAGCCCUGCUGGCGUACCAUCACGCGUACGGACCUGUAACUAUCGCACAGGAACACACUCUCAGUCUGGAAGCUCUUCUCAAGGAAAUAGAAAAAGAAGAGCAACUAGCGAAGGAAGCAGCAGAGCAGGCCACCAAAGAGGACGGUCUCACUGAAGAAGCUGUGGCGAACCUGCAGAUCGAGAUUAAAUCCCUGCAAGAGAAAUACGAGCAAGCGGUAGUGAAGAAGAGGUCCUUACAAACAGACUGUCAGAACAUCCGCGAGAAGCUGAGAGCCAUGUCCUCCCUGACCUCUGUGCUGAAGAGUCAGAGAGAACAAUGGACUGAGGUAGUGAGUGAGCACCAGAGUCACCUCACUGUUAUUGCUAACUGCGUCCUGGCUGCUGCUUUCCUCGCCUACUGUGGCUCUCUUAUAGGAGAGCGCAGAAAAGCUCUGUUUGAUUGCAUUAAGGACGCGUGUAAAGAUCUAGGAGGAGAGGGCCACAUUAUAGAACAAGAGGAAAUAGUGGACUUCAUUACGGGGCCCACCCUCAAGUACCAGUGGACUUCCCAGCUUCUCCCCAGAGAGUCGAACUUCAUGGAAAAUACCAUGCUCGCUACUCACACCCUCAUACCUCAGUGGUUGCUGAUAUUCGAUAGUGAGGGUAUAAGUGAGCACUGGUUGAAGACACUGCACGGUCAGAACGAUGUGGUGACUAUUUCCUACUACAGUACCGGUCUCAAGAAUACACUGGAAACUGCUAUAUCUGAAGGAAAGAUCCUAGUAGUAACAGAGGCAGACGACAACCUGAUCAGUGAAGAUAGCAGAUUUAAGGACCUCAUCUCUAAAAGUGCUGACUUCUUGGUCAAACAGGACCCAAUCAAGAUAUUCGUAUCAGAAAAGGAGGUGGUGGGAGUACCCGGGUUCAAGCUAUACAUCGUGUGCAACAAGAAACCCACAAACCACCUCCUCAUCUCCAACACCAGACUCCUCAACCUCACCCCUACUCUGGACGGGUUCACGGAGUUCUUCCUCCAACACUUCCUCGCUAUUGAGAAGAACCGGUUACAGGAGGAUCAGAAAAAGUUUGGACAAGAAGUAUCUGAGUACAUGAAGUCGAGCAGUGAAUCGGAGGCGGAGAUACUAAAAUGUUUAGCUGAGUCCAGAGAAACCCUCCUGGCAGAUACUCCAGCUAUCAAGAAACUCCUCAACAUGAAGAAGUACCACACUGAAGCACUUGAGAAUCUGGAGAACGCCAGGAACUCCGAGGCGAACGUGCUGAAAUCAAGAGAGGUGUACCGACCCCUGGCCGUCAGAGCGGCCGUCAUCUACAGGACCUCUAUGUUGAUGUCCCGGAUAAACCCCAUGUACCAGUGGUCCCUUCUCCAGUUCCUACCCGUGUUCGAGUCCUCUGUUAAACAGAGUGAUAGUUCCCAAUCUUCUAGAACCACAAUCACCAUGUUACUGGACCAGUUGACUGCUACUGCUUGUCUCACCUACAUCAAGGGCUUGUUCGCUAACGACAAGGGAAUAUUCUCUCUGGCAGUCCUGCUCGAGAUUGAGGAUAGUGCGGGUAACGUUGGACCCGGUGAGCGGGAGUACCUCGUGGCUCCCAUCUCGGAGACCACCGCCAAAUCCCUCCCUAGAACCGGCGGUCCUCCCUCCUCCAAGAGGAAAAUAUUCGAGUGGAUGACGGACGAACAGUGGCAAAAUUUACAGGUGCUAGCUCACCACUGUUCCUGGUUUAGCGACGUGUUUGACAGGAUGAACAAGGACAGUGCGGAGGUGAAGUGGAGACAGCUCAGUGAGUGUGAUUCUCCGGAGACAGCCCCUCUUCCUGAUGUACUGGAUCAGAGGGUAACGAAAGUGCAGCAUCUAAUGCUUAUCCGAGCUGUGAGACCUGUUAGGUUUAUCACUGCCGCCCUAAAGUUCGCUUCAGAUCUGAUCGGGAAGAAGGUGAUCUCGGAUAACUCAAUAGAUCUGGGGUCUAUUGUGAAGACUAUGUCAGCCAGAACUCCCAUACUGCUUCUUUACAGAGAUGAACCUGAAAAUGCAAGGUUCUUAAUCACUGAUCUGGCUUGCAAGAGACAGCAAGAAGUCAUUUCCCUGUACGUGGGCAAGUCAGGAGCCAUGGAGCUGAAGCAGUGUCAGAUGAUAGUAAAUAAAGCCCUGCAAGCAGGACAGUGGGUCCAUCUGCACGCUGUCCACAACUGUCCGGAUAUUUUACUCAGCCUACUUGUUACCAUUAACGGAGCUAAGGUAAUGAACAGUAACUUCCGCAUGUGGUUGAGUUGUGAGCCGGUUGAUGACUUCCCCUCAGCCGUUCUGCAGUCCUGUCUGAAGAUCUGCACUGACUCACCUCGCGCUAUAGAGGGACAGUCCGCCUUCAUGAAGGACGGCAUGAUCAGAUCUCUCUCCUGGAUCACCCCUGAUGUUCUUAGUACAUGUACGAGAGGGGACUGGGUCCCCCUACUUCACAACCUGUGUCUGAUCUACAACCUCUUCCAACUGAGAGGGAGGCUGGCUCCCAAUGGGUGGAAGUACUCCUGGACCACUGCUGAGUUGUGGGAGAGUCUGAGAGCGGCUGUGCUGGUGUUUAACGAGGAGAAACUGACGGUUAAUGACGGAACAUCUCCAGCUCCUAGCAACCCGCAGAACAGGGCUGUCUCCUGGACUGCUCUCAGAUACCUUCUCGGGGAGGUAAUAUACGGAGGUCAGGUUCACGACCCGCUGGAUAAACAAGUCAUCAACUCUAUGUUGGACCACUUCAUUUGUCCGGCUGCCUGCAAGAAGGAUUAUGAAAUUCCUAAGACUAAGUGGAAGUUACCAACUUGCUGCUUCCAGCCUCUCCGGAGUAACCAGAUCUCACAAGUUGUGUCCCAAAUAGAGAACCACCCUCCUCCUGAAACAUUUGAAGCAUGUCUAAUGCACAGUAUGACUGACAGUAACGCGCCGGGAGAGAAGUAUUUCUUUACUCAGCUAGCUCAGAUCUAUGAGAUUGAAACGAAGGAGGCGGAAGCAGAACUACCAGCCGCCAGCAGCACCCCAAUUAGGGGCAGUGCUAACAGUGCUACCAUCAAGAGCAGGGACAGGUCCCCUCUCAGUGUUAAAACUGGUAAAGACAUCGACCUCAUUGAGACAGCUAAUAUUCUGCUGCAGAAACUACCAAAGGGAUGGCACAAGGACUACGUAAUGGACCGACUGAAGAAGCUGGGAGGAUCUGUUCCCUACACCUACUUCAUGACCAACGAGAUGAGUAUGAUGCAGGGUAUCUUAGAGGAGAUAAGAUCUACUUUAGCCGCGAUAAAGACUUCUAUCGAUCAACCUGCCAUCAACUCUCCUACUGUAAUAUCAGUAGCACACGACUUGCUGUACCAGAGAGUUCCCCGGCACUGGCAGAACCUGGCCGGGUCCAUAUCCCCCAACCCCACCAACACUCUCACCUGGAUUGGUGAUAUUGUGCAGAGGUGCAGUCACUUGGAACGUGCUCUACAGUAUUCCAAGGGUCGGGAGAGAGUGCCCUGUUUGUGGAUCUCCAUCUUCUCCAGCCCUGAGGGUCUGCUAGGGACUAUAAUGCACGAGGCGGUACAAACGUACGACGGAGCUGCCAAUAAUUUCGAGGUGUUCAACUUCCAGACCGAGAUUACUAAUAGGGACAAGGAUCAUAUUGCAAUACAAUUCCAACAGUACAACUCUCACUCAAUAAGGGAGUCUCCUCACGAGGGGAUGUUUGUUUACGGGAUAUCUCUCUACGGCGCUAGCUGGGAACGAACCAUUAACGAGAAUAUUAUACUACAAUACCAGAUGCAGGAUGUGGCCCCCAAGUCCAAGUUCACCCAGCUCCCGGUUAUCCACGUGACAGCAGGACCGAGUCAGACGGACAGGACUCACUGUCUGUACCAGUGCCCCGUCUACUCUACACGUGCUAUGGACGACAAACCUCUCUUCUUCUUAGACAUAUUCAACGAGAAUGUUCACUACUCCAAGUGGGCUUUACGUGGACUCUGCUGUUGUAUGCGAUGAAGAUGCGAGUAAAGCUAUUAAUAUUAUAAUUAAUAACUAUUAUAAGUAUCAUCCUAUAACUCGGCCGUUCUAGAGUGCGUCAUCCCAACUCCUUUGGUCACAUAUCAUUAACUUAGACUCUGAUCAAUUAUGAAUUAUGCACAGCUUUUUAUGUGUAAUAUAUGUAAUAUAUUGUAUAUGUUAUUACUUAUUCUGUGCUUGUGGAAGACCGAAUAUGGACUAAUUUUGCGAAACGCCGAAACCAAUUAACGGUAUUAUUUUGUUACAAUUUUGUCAGAUUUAAGAUUACCUCACUUAGUUUUUAAGUUGCAAACACUGCUGUAGUUUUUCAAGCAGCACUGUUGACUGUAAGGGGGGACGCAAGUAUAACUUCGGCAAUAAGUGCUGAGUCCAUGGUAUGAGAAAAAUUAUGAUUAUGUUAAUAAUACUCGUUGUUAUAUUUUGUAUAAAUCAAUGAUCAAUAUUAGAUAUGAUUACCAAAAAUUAUUUCACUAAAAA